AUGGCGCAUCCCAACCGACCCUCUCUCAUGAGCCGCCUCUUCCCCCGGGAUGAUCGUCCAGCAGGUCGUCUCUCCUCCACCGAAGACCCAUCGUCCUCCACACUAUUCUCAGCAGAAAAGGCUCCAUUUGGGUCAUCGUCAUCGGCAUCCUUCCAAGACGAAAGCAUUCGCCGCAAUAACCUGUAUCAAGCAUGUUUCGCUUCCUUCAGCAGUACCACAGCGCAAGACAGACUACAGCAAGACAGAGCUGUCGAGGGAGACAGUCUAGUACCUCUCAAAAGUACAUCAGCUAUCAAGCUGCAACAAUCUCGAAUCGCAUUAUCUCCGUCCGCUACUAACGCUUUUCUUUUCGCAGAGGCCUUUGCCGAAGAGGCCGUCGAAUUGCACACCUCCACCAGAAACAAACUACUCGAAGCUCAGCAAGACAUCAAUUCGAAAAUUUCCGACUUCGAGACGCUCACAUCGUCCAUUAUAUCUGUUGUAGACGACAUAUACGCCAACUUAUCAUACCCACCUUCUGCUACCCUAUGCAGCUCCGACGAUUUUCCCUCGGCGACUAUCGCAACUCAUCUGGCAAGCGCAAAAGUUCAAUUGGAGGAGGCGAAGAAGCAGCUCCACAGCUUACAAGAUGAGUGGGAGGACAAUGUUCGCUUAGAAGAAGACCUCCGUAAAGAGCUUGCGAGUGUGGGAAAGGUGUCUGGGCAGAGUGAUGCGGAUCAUUCUAGACUGGUCAGCUUCAAGGAACAAGUGGAGCAGCUUGUGUCAGAUAGCACGCAAGCUCUUGACGAAAUAGAAGACACAUACAAAGAAGAGAUCCAAGCAGAGAGGAUGAAGAUUAUGCAGGCCAUGUUGGACUAG